UCAUGUUUGGCAGUUACAACAAGUUCAACAACAAGGUCUAUGGGUAAGUCUUCCAUCUAGCACGGUGGACCAGUGAACCUAUCUACUAACUUGGCUAGUAGAAUAAGGAAACUAUCCGCUUCCUAGGCUCUGUAGAACAAGGAAACUAUCCACUUCCUAGGCUAGUAGAACAAGAAAACUAUCCACUUCCUACUUCUUAGGUUAGUGUACCAACGAAGCUAGCCACUUUCUAAACUUGUGGACCAACAAACCUAUCCACUUCCUAGGCUAGUGUAACGAGGCCAUCCACUUUCUAAACUAGUGUACCAACGAACGAAAACGUCCAGGGGUGACUACAAAAUUCUCCGAGGGGACAAAAAUAAUAUGGGGAAAGGAAAAUUUAAAAUUAACCCCGAUAUUGAAAUUUUAAGAAUUAAAAUUGAAAAAACAAUUAUAUUCCUAUUAAAAUUCCUUUUUGGACAAUAACUUGUGUUGAUAAUGUCAUUUGCUGACAAACGGUGUUGUGCAUACUGUAGAAACUAAUUUUUUUUACACAUUUGUAAAGCUAAUACUUAUAUUCCUGUGUACUUCCUUCACGUUUUAGUGAAAGACGCCUCCUGAAUUGUUGAUGAUCACAUUUUGAUAUCUCCACACAGGGAUGCGCUGUUGAUUGGCUUCAUGGAUCUUAUCACGAGUGUCAUCGCUGGCUUCGUUGUCUUCUCGACAUUCGGUGGUAUGGCAAAGGCAAUCGGCAAACCAGUCUCUGAUGUGGCUAAAGGUGGUACGUAUACAGGCAGUGUUUCCUACGUCCCGAUGAUGGUUUGUAUAUUUUGGCUAUUUUACAGAAUGAAAACGAAUGACCCACAUGUGGCAAAAUUGGUGGAUUUCGUUUUAAAAUCAGGCUGGGAAUUUUUUACAUUUUACAGUGGAACAUAAUUAUCUCGACCUCGGUUAAUCGCCAACCCUGUUAGUCGACGUUUUUGAAGUGGAAAUGCCAAAUUCUAACUUUGUCUUAGCAUUUUCUUGUUAUGUUGAUUCUUUAUGUCACCGAACCCUGAUAUCUUGAGCACAAAAGGCGGCCAAAUUUGAAACUUAAAGUCAGUUAUCUCGAUCCCCAUGACCAAUCGCCGGCUUUUGAAAAUAUAUAUACAACAGAAACAUGCUUACUUCAAACUAGUAAUUUAAAUGGAAUGACAAUAUCGUUGUCGGUGCAAUUAACUUGACACAGCGAGAAGCGAGGAGCAAGAGGCUUGCAGACAAAAGACUGAGGUGGCGGUACCUUUUCUAUUAAUAGCAAAACCACUUAUCACAGAGUAGGCUUUCUCGUGUUCUUACACAUCGAUUUUUUUUUUAAAAAAUCUGUAUUUGAAUAAACUGAACUGGCAAAUCAGGGACGAGAAAAAAUAAAAGCUUGCGAAUCCGGAGUUUAAAAAUAUUUAGCCUCACGAAUCCAGAAUUCUGUGUUGUCCGGUAAAAUGGCACCCCACGUAUGCCUUGUGUUGUUAGCAAACAUGUUUUUACAUUUUUAUAACAUACCAAUCGCUUCAUCAAACAAAUCGGGGUAAUGCUGUUUUUUAAAAAAAAAAUUCCAAAAACAUGUUCAUGUACACUCAUUUAUAAACGCACAUCAUGUAAAUAAAGAAAUUUCAAGCACAUAUAUAUUGCCACCAUAUUGGUUUUCGGUUAUCUCGAUCAUUGGUUAUCUGAAUGCUUUUUGGCAAACCCCUAGGUCGGUGACAUAAUCGGGUUCGACUGUAAAUGGUGAAACAAUGCAAACCACCCCACCCCACCCCCUCCACCCCCUGUAAAAAGUGCGGUGGCCUCGAGGCACAUGUGUCCUUUAAUAAGUCCUUGUUAAUUAUUUAGUUACCAUUUACUUCUACUGAUUAAGAGAUUUAGUGUGUGGUGGGGUGUCAAUACUAAUUAUUAAUUUAGUAACUUCAACUUUUGUUAUUGGUGGGUAACUGGAAUAUCUUGUUUUGGUACCUUCACCUAUCUAGGCCUCGGGCCCUUAUGCUUGGAGAAACAAACAAAGUCAUCCAAUCAUUUAUGUGGGUAAACUGCAGUUGCAAAAGCCCAUUCUCUCCCCCCCCCCCCUUCCAACCCAUGGCCUAUUUAAAUCUUUUACUGACCAUUACAGUUUAAUGACGUAUAGCAUCCAAUCAAACUUUUCCAGACUUAAAACAGUAUCCAUGUGUAACAUGUAUUUUCUCACCUUGUUACCCACCGCACCAGGUUAAAGUCUGGCGUUUGUCGUGUACCCUGAGGCCUUGUCCAACCUGCC